CGGGGGGCGCUCACACACAAGCGGACGCCGUCCUCUGAUCUCUGCUUCCGCCGCCGCCACCGCCGCCGCCUCCUCUUCCGGCCACCCUUCCACUUAACAUGGCUGCGGUGCCGCCGGCGUUCACCGGUAACCUGAAGAAAGCACUUGCAGGUUUAAGGAGAAUCAAUUUAGAUGGGCUGCGUUGGCGUGUAUUUGACGCAAAGGGCCAGGUGCUGGGACGGUUGGCAUCCCAAAUAGCUGUUGUGCUACAAGGCAAGGAUAAACCAACUUAUGCACCACAUGUGGAAAAUGGAGACAUGUGCAUUGUGCUUAAUGCCAAGGAUAUCAGUGUUACAGGAAGAAAAAUGACCGAUAAGAUUUACUACUGGCACACAGGGUAUAUUGGCCAUCUAAAGGAAAGAAGACUCAAGGACCAGAUGGAAAAAGACCCAACUGAGGUGAUCCGCAAAGCUGUCCUGCGCAUGCUUCCCCGCAACAGGCUGCGUGAUGACAGGGAUCGCAAGCUGAGGAUAUUUUCUGGAAAUGAGCAUCCAUUCCAUGACCGCCCCCUUGAACCGUUUGUGAUGCCACCCCGGCAAGUACGCGAGAUGCGCCCUCGUGCAAGGCGUGCAUUGAUAAGGGCCCAGAAAAAAGAGCAGGCAAACAGAGCCAAGGAGGAAGAAGAUGCUAAGAAUGCCAAAGCUGAGGUCACUGCAUAGGCACAUUCUGAUGUGUACUUGCAUUCUACAGAUCUACCCUAUGAUGUUUUCAGAGUAUCUUUGUUUCUUUGACAUGUAGCCUGUCGAGCCGAACAGGCACUAGAACCUUAGGAACUUGCAAAACACAUUCUGAAUUUCUUUUGUAUUUUAUUACAGCAUGUAUCUCAAAACUUGUCUGGAGGCUCAGUUGCUUUCUCUAGUGAAUAAGGCCGUCUUCUGCUUU